ACAUGACGCAGUGUUCUGCUCAUACACGUGGGUCAACAGUGUUUUCCAGGAAGUUUCGUUUUUGUGGAUCUCUGUUAUAUGCAUAUAUAACAGCUUUUGUUCACGGAAUUGCUACAAUCAUGGAGCAAGAGGUUUUUAAACUAAAGCAGCAGCUGGUGGAGAGAGAAAGGGAGAUAUCGGUUUUGAAGGAUACACUUGCUCAAUUACAGACGUCAAAUAUUUCGAUUGAGCUUCAGGAGGAGGUAACGGCACUGGCGCCUCUAAAAGAAAAAGUGAUGCUGUCCAACGAAGAUGUCAUGCGCUACAGUAGGCAGCUUGUACUUCCGGAGUUUGGGGUGAAAGGCCAGUUGAAGCUGUCCCAGGCCUCAGUGCUAGUGGUGGGGUGUGGGGGAUUGGGGUGCCCACUUGCUCAGUACCUGGCAGCCGCUGGUAUUGGGCGUUUGGGGCUGUUGGACUAUGAUGAGGUGGAGCUGAGUAACUUACACAGACAGGUAUUGCACGGAGAACAGACCAGGGGGCAGCCUAAAGCCCUGUCUGCAGCCCAGGCCAUCAGAAGGCUGAACCCUGCUGUGGAGUGCAUCCCCUACCACUUGAGGCUCUCUCAUGAGAAUGCCCUCCAGCUCAUCCAACAGUAUGACAUCGUGGCAGACUGUUCGGACAACGUGCCGACCCGCUACCUGGUGAACGACGCUUGUGUUCUGGCCGGGAAGCCCCUGGUGUCGGCCAGUGCCCUGAGGAUGGAGGGACAGCUGACUGUGUAUAACUACGAGGGAGGGCCGUGCUACAGGUGCCUCUACCCUGUGCCCCCACCCCCAGAAACGGUGACCAAUUGCUCUGACGGGGGUGUCCUAGGAGUGGUGCCUGGGAUCAUGGGCUGCUUUCAAGCAUUGGAGGUCCUGAAGAUCGCCUCUGGACAAGCCUCAUCCUGUAGCCAGCAGUUGCUGACAUUCGAUGCUCAGGACGUCCGGUUCCGCUCCAUCCGGCUGCGGCCGAGACAGGCGGGGUGUGCCGUGUGUGGCGAGAAACCCACCGUGACUGCCCUGAAGGACUACGAGACAUUCUGCGGCACCUCCGCCACCGAUAAGUGUCGAAGAUUGUGCCUUCUCUCUAAAGAACAGAGGAUAUCUGUCCAGGAGUACAAAGAGAUCUUGGGAGGGGGCACUCCCCAUCUCCUCCUGGAUGUGCGCCCUCUAGUGGAGGUGGACAUCUGCCACCUACCUUUCUCUCUCUCCAUUCCGUUGGCCAGUUUAGAGGACAGGAAGACCGAAGAUGUUCAGUUGUUGAAGGAGAGAAUAGUGGAGACAAAGCAGCAGUUGAAGUCUGAGUCCUGCGUUCCAGUGUAUGCGAUUUGCAAGACUGGUAACGAUUCCCAGAAGGCGGUCCAGAUCCUCCAGCAAAUGGCCGGUUCGGAGCUGGAACCUAUCAGCGCUAAGGAUGUCAAAGGGGGCCUUAUGGCAUGGGCUCAGAAGAUAGACCCGUCCUUCCCGCAGUACUGACCAGAGAGCGCCGGCUGAUGCCGAACACAUCACAUUUGAAGUCACUCUCCACACACUCUCCAUUCUAUUAACCUCUCUCCUGUUUACAUCACAAUUAAGGAGUCUUAGCAAUGGCUGAUGGAGGAAUGUGUGCACUCUACUGCUGCCUGUUAGACCUCUAUUUUUGCAUCAUAAGAAUUUCUAUAAGGAUUAAACAUUCAACAUUUAAUCACAAAGCAUAAUGCUAAGUAAACAGCUGCCUGGAAAAGCCCAGAUGUAUUUCUGACCUUUUUUUGCAAUAGGUCAAUAAGCAGGAGUUUGUCAAACCAUCUAUGGAUGUUGGAUAUCCCCUUACAUUAUUAAGCUGGAAAAUAAACAUUUUUGACCAUUAUUCAAGCCACAAAUGCAAGUAAAUACUAUAUUUGUUAUUAAUAAAUGUGAUGGUUUAAUUAGUACAAAUUAGUACAGAAUAAAGGUGUUGUACAGUGGCUUGUGAGUAAACAGAUGCCAAAAAGUGGUGAAAUGCAUGUUUUAUUUCCCCUAUUUGUAAUGUGAAAAUAAAAUAAAUAAAUGACUUAAAA